AUAUCACAUCGGCUACUUUGUUUCUUGUUCCUUUGCAGUUUGUAUUAUUAACUGCGUCGUCGAUUGUAACCUAAUCUAGCAGAAGAGAAGACAAAUGGGAGAAAGAAAAGUGCUGAAUAAAUAUUACCCACCGGAUUUCGAUCCGGCGAAGCUCCCUCGUAUUCGCCGCCCCAAAAACCAGCAAAUUAAAAUCCGAAUGAUGCUUCCCAUGAGCAUCCGCUGCAAUACCUGCGGCAAUUACAUCUACAAAGGAACCAAAUUCAAUUCCCGCAAAGAAGACGUUGUCGGCGAGACUUAUUUAGGGAUUCAAAUUUUCAGAUUUUACUUCAAAUGCACCAGAUGCUCUGCUGAACUCGCCAUGAAGACCGACCCACAAAACUCUGACUAUGUUGUCGAGGCCGGUGCCACUCGCAAUUUCGAACCGUGGCGGGCGGAGGAUGAGCAAGCUGAUAAACAGAGGAACAAAAGAGACGCUGAGGAGAUGGGGGAUGCUAUGAAAUCCCUCGAGAAUAGGACAUUGGAUUCCAAGAGAGAGAUGGAUAUUCUUGCUGCUCUUGAUGAAGUCAAGUCUAUGAAGAGUAGACAUGCUACUGUGAGUGUUGAUGCAAUGCUUGAGGCUUUACAACACACUGCUGUCAACAAGGAGAAAAAGAUGGAAGAGGAGGAUGAAGCACUUAUAAAAUCUAUAUUCGAACAAAGGUCAAAAGAGCUCAUUAGAAGGAUUUCUGAUGAAGAUUUUGAUGAUGACGACGACAACGAUGAUGACAGUUCCGCUCAUACUUCAAGCAGCAAUGGUGGAGCAUCUAAUCUGAAGAAGAGAAAGAUCUCUGAUGAACUUCCCAGCAAACCGACGGAUUCAUUAACCAAGGAGAAUGCUGUUGAUAUCUCAAGCAACAAAGCAGAAGGUUCAAGCGGUUUAGGAUCUCGGAAUGUGGCUAAACCCAGGAGCUUACACCCGUUGGUCAAAAUAGCCGUCAUUAAGAAACCAACCAAGACUGCUGAUAGUAACCAAAAGGCUGGAGCAGAAGACACAAGCACUGGACUCCUAUCCCUUUGCCAGAGCUACAAUAGCGACGAUGAAGAUGAUUAGUCAAUAGUUUUUUUUUUAAUUAUUUAUUGAAUGAUGAUUAGUCAAUAGUAGAAUAGUAAUAUGUAUGUGAUUGGAAUUAGGCAUUAGAACUAACUUGUAUGUCUGAACUUUCAAUUGAGCUUUAAAUGAAAUGAGUUUAUUGUUAAAGAAAGCUAGUUUAUGUUAGCAUUCGACUGAGAAGUAAUGCAAACAAAGUUUGCAUACUCCUGCUUGUGGAUAAAAAAUGCUGGUUUUAUCAAACUUUAUUGUACUUAUGCAAUUACCAGAUA